AUGCAACAAGCCCGGAAGAUCGCAACUCGAGAUGAAAACCUGAUACAGAGUCUCCGUGUCCUCAAAGGGCAACACGGCAACGGUGUCCUUCUAUGCGCUAUGCUGAAUAUCUCCAGCGCACAUUACGCGGCUGUUCGACACCAAAUCGCGGAAUGGGCCAUUUUCGACCGGGUCUUCACGUCCGGUGAGACAGGCAUGCGCAAGCCUGACUUGUGCUUCUACCGACAUGUACUCAGUGAGAUCCGACAGCCUGCCGAAAAGGUGAUCUUUGUCGAAUCAAACCCCGAGGACGUUCUACCUGCUCGAUCCAUCGGCAGUCGCGUUGUCCUCCACACACAGGCAUCCAGUCUUCACCAACAGCUACAGAACUUACUGGCAGAUCCCAUUGAGCGAGGAAACGAGUUCCUCCGCGUAAAUGCAAAACGGCUAGACAGCGUCACAGACACCGGCGUUACUAUUCGGGAUAACUUCACCCAGCUCUUAGUGUUGGAAGCUACUAAGAAUCGUGAUCUGAUCUACCUUGAGGAGCACCCAAGGACGUGGAACUUCUUUAUAGGGAAGUCGUUGCUCACGUCCAGUGCGUAUCCCGAUGACUUCGACACUACAAGCACAGCAUUGACCGUCCUGGAGCCCGACAGAAAGAUUCAACGACGGCAUUGUUCUGGUAUCCUCCUCACCAUGCAACAUUUCAGGCAACAACCAACUAACCUCUCCUGGGAAAGACGUACUUUGACCGCUCUAGACCGCGUUGAUCCGGUCGUCUGCGUCAAUGUCCUGAGAGUUUUCUAUAAGCAUGGACGCGGUCACGAGCUACAGAACACCCUCCAUUGGGUGCGCGACGUGCUGAAGAGCCGGGCCUAUAUCGAAGGCACGCGAUAUUACCCGACUCCCGAAGCAUUUCUGUACUUCCUCGGCCGUCUGCUCGAGAGUGCAAACGACGUCUACCUCCACCGCGAACUCUUCCUUCUUCUUCGAGAGCGAGUCCAGGAGCGCGUCGGGCUUUCCGGGGACGCACUUUGUCUUGCCAUGCGUCUGCUCACCUGUCAGUAUGUCGGGAUUACAGAUGAGGCCGAUCUAGCGAAACUCUGUUCAAUGCAGUGCGAGGACGGGGGAUGGGAGCCCGGGUGGGUGUAUCGGUACGGGAAAACCGAUGUCAGGAUUGGCAACCGGGGAUUGGCAACAGCUUUGGCUGUGAAUGCGCUAUCGCAAGCGGAGGUACACAAGACUUCUCGAGACGCUGGGCUCAAGCGUCAAGGUGUGUUUAGUAUCAGUAUCCCGACGGGAUUCAAGUCACUCUACUGGGCCCUCGUGAACUGGAUGUAUUCUUAUCGGCAAUCGGUCAAGAUUUCGUCAUAA